AUGCGCCGCGUGCUCGCCGCUUGGCUGCAGGCGAGCGGAGACCCUUCCCCUGACGACCGGCGGCCGCGGCGAGAACGCGACAAGGAGACAGGCGUGUUGCUCUUGCACUGCAAACAGUUCGCGCGGCUCGCGUGCCUAGCCGGUCCUGCUGCCUCUCGAGACGUCGGCGCAGAGGGUGGACGCGAGAUCGCAGCUGAACAAAACGCCUGGCCUCUAGAAGAAGGGCGAAGGCCGUUUGCGGCGUUCGAUAGUGCUGACGAGUUGCUUCUCCUCUGCAGAGCGAUCCUGGGGGCCUUCGCGUCGUCGUCGCCCUGCGCGGCGUCAGCCUCGCCUCCUUCCGCGCCGUCACCGGCGUCCUCAGUCUCUUCGCCAAGCGAGCCCCGGCGCUCGCUCUUGCCUUCGCAGUCUCUCUUUGCAAUCGCGCCCCUCGAUGCGUGCGCAGGGCUCCUCCUUAACGCAACUCGCCGCCCGUCUCUCCGGUCGGACGCGGCGGCGGCGAGGGCGGGCGGCAAGGCGACGGGAGGUGCUAGGCCGAGGCCGCACGCGGAAGAAAAUGCAGGGACCUCGCAAACCGGGACUGAGCUGCCGGCGGGAGAGGCGAGCCCGCUGACAGAUGCGAACGCCCGGAGCAUGCAACAGCGUGCCACAGAGCUCCUGAGUCUCGCCUGCCAGCUCCAGGCGCACGUGGCGCGCGCGCUGGAGGCUUGGGUGAGGGAGCGGCGACGCGGCGCCGAGGGGCGCGCCUGUGACACGCAGCGAGCCGCGCCAGACGGAGAGGGAGACCGGGGAGAAGUUCAAAGAGAGACACUGGCCAUGUGUCGCGUUGACGCCUUCGUGUGCGCGCUCGCUUGGAAACUGUCACCGUGUCUCAGACAGGCCGCGUCGGGUCUGUCGCCGCCGUCAUCGGCCGCCUCGCCCCGCCGGCUGCGCGACUGCCAGCGGGUUGCGGCGGCUACGCUCACGCAUCACAUGGAGUUUCUUCUUCUCUCCCUCGCUGCGCCUUCCCCCUCUGUGCCGGUGACCCUGUCGCCCUGCGAGAACGCAGCGCUCUCAGGCUCCGCCUCUCACUGUUCGCUUUCCUCUCUGCCUCCGUCGUCUGUUUCUGCCUCGCCGUCGCGUCGGGCUUCGCCCUCUGCUUCGUUUCGAAAAGACGUCGUCAGCUUCGGCGAGGAGCUCGCCGAGUUCUCUUUCGCGGUCGAACGGGCUGCGGGCGAAGGCCUCCAACUGACGCUCGCGCUCCCGCAGACGCGUCCGACCCCCCACAUGGGUGGCGCAGGGUCACGCGGGACGGCUACGGAGGCCGGUGAACUCGCCGCGGUGUCUCUAGAGGACGUUGCAGAGAUAGUGGUUCCGACUGUGCGCGCGCUGCUUGUCUCUGCGCGGACGCUGUUCGUCUUGCACGAGGCUCUCCAGGCGGACGCCCCAGCGCCUCCCGACGCGUCCCCCCCUGUCCUCCCGGCGUCUGCGGCUGCGGCGUCUCAGGCUUUUCUCGCGGCGUCCUCCGCGGUCCCACGCACGCCGCCUAUGCCGGCGCUGUGCGACCGCGAGGAGGCGCCGCGGCUCGACGCGCGUCUCGCGCAGCUGAUCAAGCUCGUAGUGCUGGGCUCGCGGCGUGCCGUCGCAGCGCGUGGCUUCCUCGCCAGCCGCGCACUCGCCGCGAUGCUGUCGGUGGAACGCGAUGCCGCAGGACGGAGGGCGGCUGUCCACGCCGCGCCAUGCGGGGAACGGAGAGCGGCGAAGACCUUGACCGAGGCGCGCACCGGAGGGAGCGAGACGGAUGGCGACGGCACGAGAGGCACCGGCAAGAGGGGAGGCAGAGGCGAGGCGGCCGCCGCGGAGAGCGAGAGUGCGGCGCCCUUCUCGUUCUUCGAAGGCGGCGCCGCGCUCAAGGCUGCGUUCGCGCUGCUGCGGGCCUUCGCACGCCGUGGCAUCGCGACAGCUCUCGCCGGGGCGACGCGCGACCCUCCGCAGCGGCAGAGCCGCGACGCGAAGGCCAAGCGGCAGACCUCGAUCCAGCCUGUCUCCGAGAAUGUGGCGACCGACGCAAAGCAUCCUGAGGCCGCGGCAGAGAGCGACGCGGAAGAGGAGAGACGCGACACGCUGCAGAAAGAGCGAAAGGCAAUCCAGAAGCUGGGCUCUCCGUGGUCGCUUCUCGCGCGCGUCCUUCGAGGCGCCGCGCACGCCUGCGCCGCGGCGCUGCGUCCUCUUCCUCCUCGGCCCCGUCAGAGUUUGGAUUCUCCGCGCCUUCGUGCUGCGGUCGCGGCGUCUGCCUCGCCCCCCGCCGUCUCUCUCUGGUCGCUUUCUGUGGCGUCUGCGUUGCCCUCUUUUGCGACGCCGCCUUCUGUUGCCUCCGGCUCGCUCGCCUCCGGCUUUGCUCUCGAGGGAGUCUCGUCGAAUGAAGCAGUCGAUGCCUCUUCGUCUCGAGUUGCCGUGGCGUCCUACAGCGACGUGGCGGACGGCGCGUUGCCUCUUGCGGAGGUCGUCUUCUCCCAGUUUUGUCGCGAGUUGAUUGCUGAGGCGCGGUCGCGAUUCGCGAGAGCCAAGCAAGUUCGUCUUUUCGCAGUAUUCCUCAGCGAGGCUCUGCUGCCGCCGCUUCGGCUCCUCCUGGCGGCUCCGCCGCUCUCAGUUGCGACGCAAAUUCCCUCCCCUCGCGCGUUUUCUUCUCUUGACCGCCGCUGCCCCGUCUCAGCAACGCCGCCAGCGAGGGGAGAAAACGGGAAACAGGUCGGCGACGCUGACAGCCUCACAAAGGAAUUUGACGCCGCGAAGCGGAGGAAUGAGACGCCCUUCUGCGCGCUGGCAACGGGCGGUGGCGCGGAGUGCGGAGUUAAAGCGAGAGCCGCGAAGCGCGAGACCGAAGCAGAGUCUGCGACGCAUAACGACGGCGAGAAGACGACGCCGUCGAACGCGAGGCUUCUCUCGGCCUCAACGCGAUCUGUCUCGACAAACAGGCCAGCGGGGACUGACAGACCACUCGGCCAAGAAGCUGAAACGAUGCUCAAGAGGCGUGACAGUCUCAAGUGGGAAUGCCAGUUCGACGCGGAGCGACUCGCACGCGUGCCUGCCGAUGAGGAGGGAUUUGACAUGCUGCGGACGCCCCUGCGCUCGCAGUCUCCGCUUCUCAUGCGCAGACGCUACGGUGAGAGUCUGAGGCGCACGCCGCGGGGGACGUCCGACGACGACGGGGAGGAAGCUUAUGAAUCUGCUUCGUCCUUGUCGCGGCUUCUCGCUGACUCAGGAGCCCGUUCUGCGUCUUCGCCCUUCGCUUCAGCGUCGCCUCUACUCGACUCGUGCCGCAGAGAGCCGCAGCCGCGAGCGCAGCGCAAGUGCUCGGGCGAGGCAGCCGACCGAAAGGCGACCUGGAGCGACGAUGCGGCUUCCUCUCUGUCUGAAUUCUCUCUCGAGUCCCCCCCCUCCCUCGCCUCGUCGCCUCUUUCUUCUCUCUCACGGCGCGCGUCGCCAUUGUCUGCGCAUGCGAGCGAGGCGCUGCCGAGCGGCGUGGCGGCCGCCGGCGCUCCAGCGCCUCAUUCGCCUGCGUCGCCCGCCACGUCUUCGCCACGCUCUCCGCCUUCGCCGCUUCUCUCCGCAGGUCGUUUUCCGGCCUCUUCGUUGGCCGCGAAUUCCGCAUACCCGUUUUCUUCCUCGCCCUUCAGCCUGUCGCGCGGGCGAAGCGUCAUCGGCAUGCGGGACACCCCCACGAAGGUUGCUCGGCGCGGCCGCGCGCUGAGUCUCCUCUCUCAGCAGCGCGUCUCCGCUGUCGCCUCGCCUCUCUCCUCUCUCUCCAGGCGCCUCGCAUCCUCCGACGCAUCGCCUCCCUCAGCGGCCGUCGCGCGACCGCCUACUGCCGCGGCCUCCCUCGCGUCUUGCGCGCCUUCGUCUGGUGGCUGCCCGAAGCCGGCAGGGGCGCCUGCUGAGCCUACGCAUCAGCCCGUCCUAGAGUCGAGAUCGCUUGCGCUCGUAGCGGCGGUGAUGAAGACGCCGCAGCGAAGCCGCAGGCAGCGGGACAGGCGGGCGCGCGACCCCGAAGGAGACAGGGGCGAAAGCGAGAGCGAAGGCGCCGCACCGAAGGGAGAGUCAGGCGCCAGCGACAGAGCGUAUGCCCGUGAGCGAGCGCCAGAGGAAAGGACUGCCAGGGGGGUUGAAGGCCCGAUCUCGACUUCACAGCUGAGGGAUCUGUGUGCGAAAGCCGAGCCUGUCCCGGCCGAGCCAGAGGGACUUGAAAAGGAGAUAAAAGAGAGAGCAGCGGGUCACGCUGAGACUCACAGUCUCUCCGUCGAUUCCGCGAGAGACUCGCGUCCGCCCGCGUCCGUUCCUUUGGAUUCAUUCGCUUCGUCCACGGUCGCCGUCGCCGCUGGCGCGCCGCACGCGGGCGAGACGCUCGCCCCGCAUCUCGAGGUCUUUGUGUUCGCGCUGAAGGCGCUCCAAGAGAGUCUCCUCUUCGUGAAAGACCUCGCAGGCGGUGCUGCGGUGGCCGCGCUGCUGCUGAAUGAGCUGUACGAGCACUGUGCGCCACCGCUGGUUCAGACGCUCUGUCUGCAUCUCGGCUCACACGCGAAUCGCCGAAAACUCGAGGGCAUCGCCGCGCCUUGGGCGGUAGGGCACCCGCAGACCUCUGGCGACCCGAGCGAAGGCGCAGAUCCCUGGAGCGCCGCGGGAGAAGCUGCGUGCGAGAGGCUCCUGCGCGCCGCAGGCUCCAGCGCCCGUGGGGGGGGGGGCGAGGCGCGCGCGCGUUCCAGCGCAGACGACAGAGAGGAGACAGAAGAGCGAGCAAGUUGUGCGAAGGGCGACGGCCGCUGGUGUGUGAUUGUGGAGGAGAUUCGCGGAGUCAUUCGCCGGGGAUUGCGCGCAAAUAUUCAGGCUCGUGUUUCGCAGAAUGCCGGAAUGCCGCCGCGCGUCUCGUCAGCGGAGACGCUCGCCAGCCUUGGACGUGAGAGCCUCGCGAAGGGCUCCUGUCCCUCCAUUCCAGCCGCCUCGUCGCCCUCCUCGGGAUCGCUUUUCUCGCCCAGCGUUCCGCCUUCGCCGUGGGCGUGGCUGGCGGCUUCCACUGCUCCGUUUGUGGAUUUCUUUCCAGUCCCUCUAGCUCUGCACUCGGUGCUCGACGUCUGUGAGCCUCCGGCGAACGCCACGACGACCGAUGCGGCUUACGAAGCGAAGGGGAUUCAGCGCGGGUCGCUCUCGCGCCUCGCCUUCGUGGCGGCGUGGCUGGAAGAGACGCUGCUCCUCUUUACGGCGCCAACGCCGAUGCAUGCGCCGCUUCAUCAACGCCUUUUCACUCCCCUGCCGUCGUCUGCGCCGUCGCCCUCAUCGGGUCUCUCGCCGUGUGCGCCGUCCCUGUGGGUCACGGCAACCUCCUCGCUGCUUCAGGGCCUUCAGCGGCUGUCUGUGGCCGUCCAUAUUGCGCUCACGCCGCGGCUGAAGGCGGUCGGCGCUGCAGAGAGUCAUGUGGCCUCGCCCGAAACAGCGAAGCACUCAGGACAGGCCGCUGUGCGAACCUCCGCAGUGUACCUAGCCACGACACAACAGAUCUCGACGCGCGGCGCCACAGAUGCCGCGGAGCAAGACUGUCUGUUUUGGAGUCUACAGCUGUGCGCGAGCGUCUAUGAAACCGCGGCGCAGUUCCAUCUUCUCCUCCGCGCUUCCUGGGCGGCCGCGAAAGCGAAGGAGGCGCGCUUGGAGCAGGCGGAAGGGGAGCAGCGCCGGCGCGCCGCCUUGGCGCAGCUCGCGGCGGCGGAGCGGGCGGCAGGGGAAACCGAAACCCCGCCAGAGGCGACGAAGCAGCCUGCGCCCAGCGACGUCAAAGAAGCCACGCAUGGACGCGGGUCACGGAUACCCGACGCGGAGGAGAAGGGAAACAAGUCCUCGCCGGCGUGCGCGUCGGGUGGCUCAGAUGACGCUCAUACUCGACCCACACGCGACGGCGAUGUGGCUGUUGACAGCGAGUCGCGACGCCAAAGGAAGAAAGCGGAGGCGAAGAAGCGCCUCACGCAGUUCAUCCUGAGCGCCACAGCCGGCAACGGGACUACAGCGUUCCGCGCACUGCAAGUCGUCAGGAAGGUGCUUCUUCUCGCCUCUCAGUUUCUCUCCUCGUUUGCGUUACCGGGUUCUGGGGUCACCAAGCCGCAUCCCUCGCCUGCAGGCCCCGCUGCCGCAGAGCCCGCAUCUCGCGCAGCUCCCACCCCUCCACUGCACUCACUUGCUACCUCUUCAAGUUCACAUCUGUCGUCUUCCUCUUUCCCUUCGAGUUCAGAUCCUUUGUCUUUUCCACCGUGUGACUCCUCUCUUCCGGCAGACCUGCGGCAACCCGCGGGCCCGUUCGCUCCGAGAGAAGUCGCUCGUCGUGAGCAGCGCGCCGGCAUCCGCUUCCUCCUCGCAGAAACCUCGCUCCUUCUUUCUUCCGUUCUGCUCUGCGGCUGGAGCGUCGACGUCCGCAACGAGUCCGAUUCCGAAGGUCGUCUGCGAAGCCGCGAGGCCGGCGAGAGCGGCGCGCAGGUCCGCGGCGGCUGCGAGAGGGGGGUGAAGGACGAGGACGACGAGACCGCUUUCUCAUGUGCGUUAUCUUCUCCAUCUCGCGCGCUGCCGUUGUCUUCCGAAGCUCUCUCGGGAUCUUCUUUAUCUUCACCGGCGUCGGUUGCACUGCCUCUGGACCGCGAGGACGCAGCCAACCGCGGCCUGAGGCUCGCCUGGUGGCGGCAGGCGCUGGGGCGACAGGCGGCAGCCCGUCGCCACGUGCGCGCCUCGCUCGCGUCUUUCCUCUCCUUUCUCCGCUCGCUGCCCGUUUCGCUGGACUCCUGCGCAGGCCACCAGCCGAGAGAGGCAUGCGGCUCGCGCCUCGCCGUUCUUCUGCAAGGCGACACGACUGCGACUGUCACUGGCACUGGCAGCAAAGAAGAGACUGGGCGCCUGCAGGGCCUCUGGCUGGCCGCCGCGCCGAGCGUCGCGGCGCCCAGCCGACGUGCGCUUCGCCCCUCAGGGGCCGCUCUGUCGCCUUCGUCGGGUGCGCAGCUGCCCUCCGCGCCUCCGCUGUCUCCGCCCUGGGUGUCUCUUCCGCGCCCUGUGACGAAUAGUUCAGCGGCCCUGCCUCCGCCUCCUCUCGCUGAGGCCCUCGCGGUUGUGCAGGCGGUCGCCGGCUGCCUCAGACGCCGCCGAGGCGCGGCGGACAGGCUCCUGGCGCCCGGCGACUGGCGGCGCUUUCAGUGCUUCGCGACCCUUCUGUCGGGCGACGAGGCGGAACGCUGGCAAAGCCAAGCGCCACAAACCUGCGGAGAAACCGACGGGCGGAGGCCUUCAGCAGCGGGCGCGCGCGCCGAGUCGCACGUGGGAUUGCGAGAAGCGAGCCUCGCAGCAAGCGAAGAAUCCAAAGGAGGCGACGGCCCCUCUGGAGCGAUGAGGCCGCUGUUGGAAUUCUUGAGUCAGCUCUUCUGGCUCUCCGAGGCCUGCGGUGCUCAGCGCACUGGAACGUCUUCGCUUCUUCUCGCUCUCGCACUCCUGCUCCCUGCCGCGCAGCUUCCCGCCUCCGCCGCCGCUCACGAAAGCCUCUCGCAGGCCUCUGCGACUCUUCAGGCGGGAGGCCGCGAUGGACACUUUGCGUGGCUCGCCGGGAGUUCGCAGGAACUUCGCGAAGAGGGCAGGCAGGGGGGGCAAGGCUCACGCGGCGAAGCAGAAGUCGGCGCCGCGAAGGGCGAGGCAGACGCCGAGGAGGGUGGCGGCGCCGGGAGGCGUGCUGAGCCCGCAGGCCUCGCGCGUUUUGUGGAGCGGUCUGCCGCCUCUGCGGCGUGUCUCGUGGGCGUUUCACCAACUGCCCAGUUUCCUUCGCCAUAUGUUUCGCCGUCAGCCGACGCGUUGCUUGCACUCGCGGCAGUGGCACUUCGGCUCGCGCUCCGCACCCCGACAGGCGCGCCGGCCUCUCGCGCGGCUACGGGCGACGGCGCUGAAGCCUCGCACAGCGGGGAACCUCAGGAGGAGGCGGCAGCGCACGCGAGCAGCGCGACCGAUGCCCUUGCCGAAGCCGGUCACACGCGGCGACUCGGGGGAGGCGCCGGGGAUGUCGAAGAGGAGGCAUGCGGAGAGGCGCCGAACGCCGCAGACGUCGCGUUCGCUUCUUCGCCCUCGCGACUUCUGUCCUCGCCUGCUGCGCGUGGAUGGUGUGCCUUGGCGGAAAGCCUUCUGCGGCGAUGGGAGGAAGGCCUUCUCGCCUCCGGCGCCCGAUCCUCGCGCGCGCGCCUCGCUCUGUCGACGUCUUCUGCGAUGGUGCGCUUCCGCUCGGCGCCGCGGGGCUUGGCCGCGUCGUCCGCGGGUCAGAUUGAGCCCUGGGCGUCUCCGUUGGCGGUCGUGUUUAUGGGCAAGGCGAGCGUUGCGGGGCUGCGCCUCCGCGCCUGCCGCCGCCUGCUUGCAGGGCACGAGCGCCGAAGGAAAACAGAAGACGUCGUGAGCGACCUGUUCGCUUCUCUGCGCCGACUGGAGGGCGUGGAGACUGCAGUCAAGCCGCCAGAACAAACCCCAGACACGGCCUUUCUGCGCGAAACGUCCAACACGCCCUCCACGGGAGCCGCAACUGAGACUCACGCUCCCUCGAGUUCAGCGUCGUCUGCCGGCGCGCGGCCUGCUGCUUCGCCUCUUGAGCCUGCCGGUUCGCCCUCCUCUCUCGCCUCCUGGCUGGAUUCUCCGCCUUCGUCUGCGGGCCCGGCGGGGGACCUCGCCCCUCUGUUGUUCACCCCGUCGCUUCCUGCAGCUGCAGUCUCUGCUCUGCUCGAGGAGCUGAGUCGCGCGGCCCUGGACUGCGGAGUCGAGCUCUCGCCUCGGCCUGCAGUCUCGCGCGUCUCGGGGUUUCUGGCGGCUCCACGAAAAGGAGUCCGACGCGCAGCCAGAGCCUGCAGCGCCGACAGCCCCUCUCCAACCGCGUCCGCGGGCGCUAAGCGAACUGAGGGCGCGCCGGAGGGGCUCUGGUCGCCGGCGGAGCCCGACGGCGCCGGCCCCCCGUGCGCCGGCCUCAGUCAGGGCCUCGGGCUGCUUCUCAGCGAUGCCUGCGUCGCGCCGCUGGUGUCGGCGCUUCACGCCGCACUCGCGGCCUCGUCUUGCUCGAUGUCUUUUAGGUGCGGCAAGCGCGGGGGCGCGACGCAGGCGGCGUUGCUGUGCGUCUCGCGCGAAGGCUCCUGCAUGCCGCUCAGUUCGCUGUUUCUCACUGGAGCUCAGGGGCCGCCACUCGAGCGCACGCACUGUCUCUCUGCCGACCGGGAUCCCCCUUCAUCUGCUUCAAAGUCGCCAGCGUCUCCUCUUGCCUCCUCGCAUCGCUCCUCUUCCGGCUGUGCGUGCGGAGGUCCGCGCCCUCUGUUUUUUUCCGCUUCGCCGCACUACGCUAUCCACCCGUCCCCAGCGGUUGCUGCGCCUAGCUUGGGCGCGCCGGCGAGCCUUGCGGUCGCGUCGGGCGCGUUCGGGCUUCCGAGUCUCCUGCAGCUCGUCUCGAGUCAGCUCUGCGCGGCGGACGCCCACGACCGCGCGGGCAUCGAGCUCUACGCUCUGCGCGCGCUCGCCGGUGCCCUCGACGUCUGCUGCCGAUGGAGCUUUUGUCUCUCUCUCGCCGUCAGGUGCGCCGCGGGGCUUGUUCGUCUGGUGUUGCGUCAUGGCCAUCCGCGCCUUGACGUUUCAGAUUUCUCUUCUUCCUCUUCCGGUUCUUCUCUUUCCUUCCUCUCGUAUGUCUCCCCUGUCCCUCCCGCUCUCGCCUCCGAGGACUCCCUGGAGAGGUCGCAGCUCAGUCUGCUUGGCGCCGACCCGUCUCGCUCUCUGCUGUCCGCCACCCUGCUAUCCACGUCUUUAUCUGACUCGCGCACCUCUUCUUCUCCUUCGCUCGCCUCUUCGCCUCCGCGCGAGACCGAGGCAGCCGCCCCAGGUGGGCGCGACACUCGAACGCAUGGGCAGUCGACGCAAGCGAAACCAGAUCGUGAGAGCGACUUUGGAGGAGGCCUGCGAGUCCGAGGAGAAGAUGCGGACGCAGUGGCAGCCAGCGAGCGGGGAGCGCCGGCACACGCUCUCUCGCUGCUCUUUAGGCCCUCGUCUGUUCCCUUGGUCUCGGGGCUCUCCCUGGGUGAGCAUCUGCAGCUCAAGGCGCUUCUCCAGGCUCUUCUGCUCGCCCUCAAGACUCUUUUUCUCGCCGCCGCGUCAUCAGGGCGCCCGCAGGGCACCCGCCACGCGAUCCCUUUCGAGUCUUUGCCUUUCCGCAGGAGCCACGCAGGGCUUCCCGCGGCGCCUGGCGACGAGGGUCGUGUCUUUGCUUCAGGCUUGUGUGAGAUGUCUCGUCUCGCCUGUGAAACGUCGCCGAAGCUGUCAGCGCGGAGCCGCGCUACAGCGCUCGCUUCCUCUCCUUCCUCACGCGCGUCCUCCGAUCCCGCCCCCUCACGCCGCGCGCCGCGCAGAACUGAACGCGAGAGCGCCCGCCAAGUGCCCGCACGAGGCGCAGGAGUCGUCUCUCUCUCGCGUGAAUGCCUGGGCCGCCUCGCCACAGCCGCAGAAAAGAUGCGGGACGUGAAAACGCGGUGGCUGUCCAGCGCCCUCUCCCUCUACGACCGCGCGGUACUCGGUGAGGCGCUCACUGAAGCGCUCGUGGCUUGUGGAGAGGCUUCCCCCUCAUACGCAGCGGGUGAAACGACAUCACCCUCCUCAAACCGACACGGAACUCCACAGGCGAACGCGCGAGCGGCAAGUGCAGACCAAACCGGCUGGGAUCUCGCGGGAGGCGAGAGGGAUCCACUGCCUCGUGCGCCUUCGCGGGGCAAGGCGGGCGCCGCAGGUCUUUUCUCCUCUGCUUCGUUCGCCGCUUCUUCUCAAGGCCGUCGAGACAGGGCGUCUGGAGUCACGACCGAAAGCGACAAAGGGCUUGCGGAAAACGGCAACGAGGGCGUGGCUACGAGCGAAGCCGCGGCGCUUCUGCCGCUGUACGCGCCUCAGCCCUCGGCGCAUCUUCAGCUUCAUCCGCGCUUCCUCCUUGACGCGGACGUCCUGCGUUCUUUUCUCUCGCGGCUCGUCGCAAGCCCUCAGGAAGAUGCGGGCGCAGACACACUCCCGACGGACGCUGAGGUCGAGGACGAAACCGACGAAGAAGGAGCAGAAGCAGAGAAAGAGGAAGAAGAGGGAGAAGAAGAAGGCGAACGUGAGGAGGGGCUGGACCGUGCUUUACGUGCGCUCGCGCUGACCGGCGCGUGGGGCUUAGGCGUGAGGUCGGACGGAAGCAGACCCUCUCGUAAUCCCGAGCUUGUUCACUGCACCGCUGAGCCACGACGACGCGACCAAGAGGAAGAUGUCUCGGCGGACGAGAAGACUGAUUUGUCUCCGCAAGGGAAGCCGCUGGGGGCCUCCGACCUCCACAAAAAAGCCCGAUCCGCUGGUGACGAUGUUUGCAACUCAUGCAGCGUAACUGCCCGCAGAAAACGGCUUUCGCGGACGCAUCUGGAUGUGGCUCUGUGGGUGUGCAGGCACCUCACGUUGCCGUCUUUUGUCUCGUGGUUUUUUUCCGGUCAAGCGCCUUCCGCGUCGGGUGUAUCGCCUUUGAACUCUCCUUCUGCUUCGCCUCCAUAUUCCUCCUCAGGGGCAGGCGCCUCUUCCCGCCGUCGCCUUCCUCCGGCAACCCGGCUCGAGCUGCUUCGUCUCGGCGUCGAGAUCUUCGCCGAGCUCUCGCUGCUUUCCUCGUCUCGUCUCGUGGCGGAUUCUCGUUGGCGCACUUCCUUGGGGUCGUCGAGCUCGCCUUCGUACCACGUACUGGAGCUCCUUCGCCGCAUUCUGGCGCUCGCGUGCGCUGAGCGCGAUGCCGCCUUCGCGCGGAGGGAGCUGCCGACGCGCGAAACAGAAACGCUCCACAAGCUGCACGAGGCGUCUGAGGGCGACGAAGGCCCACAGGGCUUCCGGCGGAGCCUGGUAGCCUCCCUGAAGUUUUUGCUGUCUCUUUUCUGUCUCAGUGGUGCCGUGCGACUUACUGAUGCUCUGGCCCUGCGCGAGGCCGCCCGCAUCUUCGUCAGCUCGCUGAACGAGAUGACAGAGGCGCCUGUCUCCGAACGAAGAGCGCGCGAGGAUGGCGACGAGAUGUGCGACAAUGCGCAGCCCUCUGUGGGUGACGAGCGAGGCAACGGCGGCGCUCAAGAUGCGCAGGCGCGUCGUCUGGUCUCACGGCUUCUCAGAGCUGCGAUUACGCUGUCCUGUGGUGGCCAGGCUGUUUCUCUGCAACUGCUGCAUCGCGCGGAGGAGCGGCUCCUCCUUGCGCUCCUGUCUGACUCUCCGGAGUUGUCUUCGUCCUCGCCUGGGCUCGAACCCUCUUCAAGGUCUCCGGGCGCCUCUUUGUCGCCUGGCGCGUCUUCAGUCCGCAGCCAGACUUCGAUGCCGCACGGAGGGCUCAAGCUGGGGGGGGCGACCGCGCAGGAGACACCAGAUGAGCGGACGAACGUGGCCUGUGCUGCGAGUUCGUCUUCUCUUGCGUUCAUCUCGAUUCUGCUCCGCCGAGUGCUCCCCGCCAGGCGAGCGCCCACGCGCGGAUCUGUUCCUCACAGCCCGUGCGGCGAAUCUGUGUCGCGCGCUGCUCCAUCCGCGACUAGAGGGGCGCCGCUGCGUCAAGAGUGGGAGGUGGGCGGCCUUGUCUGUGGCAGUGGAGACGCGGAAGGAAAACGGGCAUCUGACUCGUCUUUCUCGCUCGGCAGCAGCGUCGCCUCCUCGCUGGGAGAUGUAGUAGAGGCGUGUCUCCUCCCUGCAUGGCCAGGCAGCGUCGACGCCUUCUUUUCUUCUUGUUCGCUUCCCUCCCCUCAGCCUGUCUCUGCUGCGCUUGCGCGGCGCACUGUUGCAAACGGCAGGGGCGCGUCUUGCCCGCCUCCCUCCCCUCGCGACGCGGGGCUGCUUCCUUCGUGUGGAGGCGGCCAUUCCGGCGCUCCUUCGGAGUCGGUUCUGCACGGCUCGUCGCGCCCGUACUUCUCUUCAAACUCUUCGUCCUUUUUCUCUGGAUUGAUGCCGCCGCCGUGGUCGUGUGCCUUUCUGUCCCUCUCGCCGGAUCAGAGCGCCUUCGUCGUCUCGCGCCCCGUCCCUGCGCCUCUCGUCGCCGCGGUCGUCGCGGGCGCGGAGACAGUUCUCGCCACGACCGAGGCGACAGGCCGGCAUGCGACGGGGGACGCAGACGGAACGAGGCGAGAGGGGAGUAGGGCGGCGCUCGGCGGGCUGGAGGCGCGCACGCAAGAGCUGCAUGCGAGUGGGACUGAGCGUCCACCGCGGCGCCCGCGGCACCACAGAGGGACAGGAAAGAAAGCCACGGCGCGCGAGGAGGCGGCCUGUGGAGAAGAAACCAGUCAUCACGCAGCAGCCGCUGCAGAGUACGACGAAGAGAAGGACUUGUGGCUCACCUACUGGAUGCGCGAAGAGGACUGCCUCGCGUUUCGGGCCGCGCCGCAAACCAAGACGGUCUCCUCCGUGCUAAAGGUGGAUUCCUGUCUCCCUUGCUCUUCAGCUUCCGCAGGCGCGUCCCAGUCGCGGUCGGUCGCCUUGCUUCUCCAAGAGUUUCAGUGGCUUCAGUGGACGCUAUCCCUAACUGCCGGUCAGACGACUCAGACAGCCCUCCUCCGUACUUCCUCCCCUUCUUCCCCGUCUCCGCCUUCUUGGUCUCCGUCUUCUUCCUUUUCUUCGCUUGCUUCGCCUGGCGACGGGACCGCGCGGCGCUCCGAGAUGCUUAAGCAGUGGUGGCGACGGCGGCGCGAGCUCGAAGACGAGUUCGCUGCGCUCGUUCAGCGCCUGCAUGCGCGCCUCGGAUUUGCGUCUCUGCUGCUGCGCGGCUGGCCGUCGUUCUCGUCGACUGUAUCUCCUCCGCCGGGCGGCUCGACUUGUGUGCCUCUUCCCUCGUCCUCUGCGUCGCCAGCCUUUUCUUUCGCGUGCGAGGGCGAGCGGAAAGUCGACGCCCUCGCAGCGGCUCUCCGCGCGGGCGGCCGGGUUGUUGCCGCGUGGUUGGUCGCGUGGGCGGUCGCAUGCGACGACGAAGAGGCAGCCAGACUUCCCGAAGCGCAGAGAGACGCGCAAGCCUCGGAACCCGCAAAGCGUUCAUCGAGAGCCGAGCAAGCUCGCACCGGAGUUCCGCGGGAGGCCUGCGCCGGCGACGAAGACGCAAGCGACGCGGAGACAGUUGUGCUGGGCGACGAGCCUCCCUCUCCGAGUCGCGCAGAGAAGGCUCCCGUCCCUGCUUCGCCGUUUGAGCGGCUGCUCGAGGCCGCCCGCGCCAGAGGGCGAGUGUGGCCUCCUGUCCUGCGUCCUCUGAGGCGGACGUCGGCUCCGCGAGCACUCUCUAAUAAAAAAGCAGCCCUCGCGAGCCGCAGUGGCGAAGACGAUUCUGAGGCGAGUUCGGGGAAUGCCCAGCAGGACAAAAGUGACGCAUGCGUUCUGGUUGCGCUAGUGCAGCUGGCGUACGCGCUGGCGUCUCUUAAACUGCGCGUCGUCUGCCGAAAAGAGGAAAAGCAGAUGCUGCUGAGCAGCCUCGCGCCUUCGCACACGACUCACCCGGACGGCUCGCUGUCGUUUCCAGCUUCUGUGUCGCCUCCACGGUGCUUGCCUUCUUCGCGGGGCUGCGGUCUCGCUUCCGCGCCUCCUGCGGCUUCCAGCGUCGCGGCCCUGUCUCCGCUACCUCGCCAGGUGUCGCCCGCGGACGGCGACCGCGGCGGGGGCCCAUGGGGAGGCAGCGACGCACUCGGCGCGAGCUCAGGAAGCGAAAGCCCUCCAGACAACGCCGCGAUGGAGGCCGAGUUCGCGGCGCCGAGUGGAGGCCUGACAUGCGGCGAGGGGCAAGCCGCAGCGAUGCAAGGUGGUGGCGGAGAGAUGGGUGUCUCAGCCUCCCUCACGGCGCUCUUCCGCCGUGAGAUGCUCCAUAUCGAAGGAGACACCUUCUCGUUUUCACUCGACGACCUCGCGGACUUCCUGCGCCGCCACCUCCUGCAGCCUGUCGCGGUGCCCCGGUCGCGCAGGGAGAGACGCGCCAAGGCGCCAACCGCAGAAUACCCAAGCGGAGGCCGAGGUCGAGGUCGUCUCGCAGCUGGCUCGCGCGGAGGAUGCGGCAGCGAGGAGGAGGAACCACGAGGCAACGAAGAAAGGGAGGCAGUCGAACACACGUGGCGAGUUGUCGCGUUUUCGUUUCUGCACCACGUGGUUCGGCCCUUCGCUAAGCACUUCUUUCGGUCGUCUCCGUCGGCGAGGCCCGCGCGCCCGUCGUCUCCCUCGCCAGAGGGGUCUUCAGUCUCGUCGUUUAGUGGUCGGGGGUCCUCGUCGCGUCGGCCCUCUCCGUCUCCGCGGGGGCGCGGCGACAGCAGCCUCCGCGCCGAGCCGCAGCAGCUCGACUUGCCCUCGAGAGGCGAGAGCGAGAAAGAAGACGCGGGCGCGGCGUUGCAUCACAGCCACGGCGGUGCAGGCGGAGAAGAGGAGAGGCAAGGCGCGCCGAGCCGAGCAAGCCGUUGGCGCCGGGGGUGGCCGCGCCCCAUAGGCACUUCGCCCUAUACGCGGGUGUGUGAGGAGAUGGGCGACGGGCGGCAGACGCCGAGGCAGCCCGAGGGGCUCGAGAGAGGAGACGCUCAAUCGCAGGCAGCGGACAACGGGCACGAAGUGACGCCGAGUUUCAUGGCCUUCCCCAGUGGCAAACGCCUGAGAGGGCGCUCGCCCUACUUCAUCAAAGGGUCGCCUCGAACCGCAGAGGCGCGGCGCAUGUCGCUGCCUUCUCUCCAGAGUGUGCUCGCUCAGCGAGCUGGAGCGAGCCAAAUGGAGGCGGAGGACACCGCCCACGGCGGAGGCGAGCGAGGCGGUAGCGACAGCAGCGAGGGACUGGCAUGCCUCACGGCGGGAGGCGCAGGAGGCCUCACAGGCGAAUGGCGCGACGAGGAGCCGGGAGCGACUGCGCAAGGGGAUGAACCGAACUCCCACGAUGCCAGAGGCCAAGGAGGAGAUACGCUCAACCCGGACGCACACGACAGCGGCUUUGAUGCAGAAUAUCUAGUCGGCACGGAACCGGUUUUGCUGUAUGCGGACCAAUGGUUUUCGCAGUUCCCCUUGGAAGCCUUGCCGCCCCUUCGCCUCCAGCCGCUCUGUCGCGCCGGUGGCUCGCCGCUGGUCACCUUCUUCCUGCUCUCUGAGUUAUUUAAAAGACAGUCUCUGCGGAGCGCUCCCCACACUCGGCCCCCGUCUCCUCCUGCGUCCCCCGAAACCGCUCUCCGUUCUCCCCAGCAUCACCCGCUGGCGCCGCCGCCUUCGGUGCCUCGUGCGCCGGAGGCAGAUCGGCGCGCCUCGUCCACUCCAUCGGUUCGCCUGCCGGCCUCCGCCUCAGGGCUCUGUAAAACGUCGCCGGUGGGCUCCUUCCUAUCGUCUGCGCCUCUCUCGGCCGAGCGGCCGCGAGGCGGCGGCGGGGGCUGCAAGAGAGCUGCUGCCCAGCGCGGGCCUCCUGGGGCUCUGCUGCGACCGCGGGGGACUUUCAGGGGCGACGCCAGAGGACAGGCACGCGAGGCAGAGACUGCGCAAGAGACGCACGCGGCGCCGUCUCUUCUCGCGCGUCGCGAUGAAGCCUGCAGGCGCUCGCAGCAGUGGAGGGCGGAGAGACGGGCGCAGCGCUGUGUGAGUCUCGUGUGGGACGACGGCGAGCGCCAGGGUGCCGACGGCGCUUCGCGUCCCGCUGCGACAGGCGUGGAAGACUCGCGAACUCGCGGCGGACACGAUGCCUACACGAAGCUUGCCGUCUGCGUCUUCGGCCUCGAGCUGCGGCCCUACGCAAAGCCUUGCUGUCCGCUUGCGAGAGCGAGGAAGGCGCGGAACGCCGAUGGCACGCAACCGAAACGAAGAGGGCAGAGCGUCCAAGAACGACUGGAGAUCUCGAUCGCAAGAGACGAAAGACGCGAGGUAGCUGUGAACGACGGUCCCGAGCUUCUGCGAACGAAAUAUCGCCGGGCAGACGCCCGAUGCCUUAGCUGUGGGACUUCCGCUAAGCACCUGCGAGAGAACGCAGGGUCGGGAGAGGCGGGCGCCGAGAACGAACACAGGAGAGCGGCACAGCCUGUAGAAGUCUCCGCGGCCGAAAGGCGAACAUUCACACUGCGUCUCAGCGUCCCGGGUGCGCUCCUUGGCGCAAACAAGAGUCGCGUGGCGUUCAGCGUCAACCCCUCGGGGGAUCUUCCGCGGACAGCGCGAAUCUGCGCGCCUUUCCUCGCGGCAGGCGGCGACGCGUGGACUGGUCGCAUCGGCGCGCCCCUGACAGAGGAGGAAUGGCUGUACGCACUUCUCACGGCGGACGUCUUUCUGUACUGCGGCCACCAGGGCGGCGAGCAGUUCAUCAACCGAGACCUCAUUCAACGGGCUUUUCUCCUGCUGGGCCCCGGAGCCCACGCGCGCCCUCUGCCUUCGCUCGCGGCGUCGCCGUCCUCGUCGCCAGCGUGCUGUGCUUCAGCUGCGUCUUCAGCGUCUGCUUCCUCGGCCUCUGUGUCCGUGGUUUCGCCCUCCUGCGAUCCUGCGACGCCACCUUCAUCAGUUCUCCCUGCCGCUUCGGGUUCAGCUGCCGCAUCGUGUUCUUCGUCUUCGCUCCCGUGUCCUGUGUCUCCCCUGUCGCCUCUGUCUCCCAGCUCGUGUGCGUCGUCUCCCGCAUCGGCGCCGCUCUAUAUGUCGAGUAUUCAGGCGUCGGCGCUUCUGUUUGGAUGCAGCAGCGUGCGCCUGGCGUCCUUCUCUCCGCAGAGCGAGCCGUGGACUUCCGCGUUCGAUUUUCUCGUGGGAGGCAGCCCCCUCGUCCUGGGCAAUCUUUGGAGCAUCACCGACGUCGAGGCCGACGCCGUGACUCGCAGUCUCCUGUGGAAGUGGACGCAGGCCUGCUCGUCUCCGAUUAUGAGCCGAACGCAGCGGCCGCACGGUGCGGCGAGCGGGCACGUCGGCGCGGCGGGGCCUGAGGAGGAAAGCGAAGAAAACGAGGGCGACACAGGGGAUGAAGAGGCGCAGGCAAGGCAGGAAGUGUCUGCCUCAGGACUGCGACGGCGAGCUGGGCUUUUCGGAGUGGAGAAGAGAGAGACGCCGCGCGAAGGCAAAUCGACGAGUGCGAGGGAGCUGAGGCGAGGCCCGAAGAGCCUCGAUGGCCGUCUGCAGGCCGGACAGAGCCGGCGCAGGGGCGCGAGCACGGUGUCGGAGGCGCCUAGAGACAGAAAGAGGAGAAGAGAAGGCGACCUGGCGGCAGCGAGAGAGGAGUGGCGCGUAGAAAGGCAUGCAGUCGAGACCUACGAGAGGGCAGCUUCGGGCGCAGAAGGUUGUGGAGAAUGUCCCUGUUCAUCCCUCCGCCUCUCGCUGACGGAGGCGCUAACUGAAGCAAAGCAGGCUUGUCGCCUUCGCCUAUCCACGGGCGCCGCCGCUGUCGUCUUCGGUCUGCCUCUCUGA